AUGGCAGCAGAGGCUGCAAGCGAGGAGGGGAUAGCAGCUGCUCAGAGAGCGUGGGAAGCGAUUGGAUUGACCCAAUUACAGCAUUCAUUGGAUUCUGUUGGACUGGAAAUAGUUGAAAAUCAGAAGCAGAGUGUCGCUUCACGUAAAUCUCUAGCUGAUUCAACCAAAGAAUUCAAAAAGAUCCCAGAUGAACAAAAACUAGUUGAAUUCAAGAAUCUGCUUAAAGCCUAUCAGACUGAGAUUGAUAGCAUUACGAAACGAUGUAAAGCUGCAGAAUCUGCCUUUCUGAAUGUCUACAAGGUCAUUGCUGAAGCUCCUGAUCCAGCUCCAAUUAUUGCCAACAUGAUGGAUCAAACUAAGGAGCUCACAGAACUAACGAGUCUAAAAGAUGAAAACAAACGACUUCGUGAAGAAUUAGCGGACGUCAAUCGUGAUGCUGCAGCGGGAAAGGGCGCCGAAACAUCAAUACAGACAUUAAAGCAGCGUCUAGCUAAAUAUGAAGCUAAACUAGAUGAAAUGGUUUCUGAAAAGGUGCUGGCCAAGGAAAUCGAAAUCAAGACUGCCACUGAUGAAAAAAUCAAGAUAUAUAAAGACACGGAACACGCAUUACAACGACAGUUGAAUAUCGUCACUGAUCAACUGUCUAGUCUUCAAGCGACUCAUGACGCUAUACGGUCGCGACUUGUAGACACUAGUCAAAAGACGGAUGAUGAAGGAGCUGCUAGAUUGGCUGAGGUGGAAAUGAUUGUGUCGGAUUUGGAACGUGCGAAUUCCAAGAUUUCUGUGUUGGAGCGAGAAAAUGAAUUGCUGAAAAGAGAAGCUCCCAGGACUCCGUCAACCACAGGCUUUCAAGAAGUUUCAACUUUGGAACGUCGAAUCAAGAUUCAGGAGACUGAAAUUCAAAAGCUGAUGAUGGAAUUACAAACCAUUCAAGAUUCUGCUAGUGAUUCUCAAAAAGAAUGGUCAAUGAAGCUCAAUUCACUUGAGGAGGCUCUUGCUUCCAAGAAUCGAGAAAAUGAAUCCCUGCAGCGAGAACUUGGCACGAAAAAUGAUUAUGAUGUAGUCAAACAGGAGCUUGAUGUUCUCAAGGCCAUUGAAUUCUCGGAUACGAAAUCUGACAAGAUGCCACUUGAGCGACUUUUACAUGAAAAGAAUAAGAAACUAGAGUCAGAGUUAACUUCGCUGAAGAAUGUUCAAGCAGAAACAGCUUCAUCACUACAGCAUUCUGAGACUGAGUUAUCGCAAGUCAAGAGGCAGCUUGAUUCACAGUCCAAGCUAGUUCAGAAACUUGAAGAGGAUUUGCUUGUUUUACAAAAGUCGAAAUCUGAUGCUGGUGGUAGUGGUGGUGGUUCGAAUAAGGCUAUGCAUAGUGAUGCUGACGUCUUGUCGUCUCUAGUAUCUAGAACGCUACCUGGAUUUGAUGAUGCUCGAUCGAAUAAUAGCACCAAGUCUCAACAGUCUAAUGAUCCGUCAUCCAUGAUACCAAUCCUGACUGGUCAGAGAGAUCGAUAUCGUCAAAGGAAUCAAGAGUUGGAAGAGCAACUACGAGAACUAUUGAGCAAACUUCAAUCUGUUUCGUCUGAAUCGGAGUCUCUGAAAGGCGACAAUCUAAAAUUAUAUGAGAAACUUCGAUACACGCAAUCCAUGUUUAAUACUCCACGCCCAUCAUCCGCACGUGAUGAUCCCUCAUCAUCAUGGUCGUCAUCGUCAACAAAGAAUCAUUACGUGGACGUAGCAGUAGAAGGACAGAAUCUAUCAGUCCGAUUUGGAGGCCAAAAUUCAGAUGAUGCCACCACAAGCAAGUAUUCCAACUUGUAUGAAUCACGACUAGAUCCGUUUUCUCGCUUUUCUAGAGCAGAAGAGUCGAAACGGAUUUCUGCACUGCAUCCAGCUGAACGAGCAACGUUAGGGCUGACUAAACUAAUAGUAUAUAAUCGGUACUCGAGGCUAUUCUUUGUCUUUUAUUCCAUGUGUCUGCACUUGCUUGUUAUGGCAGUUGUGUAUAAAUUGAGCUCGAUAGAGGAUUGUGUGCACGAUCAUGAAAGGUGGGGAUGUGACAAACCAAUAGGAGGAUAG